GCUUACAUCAACUAAAGUUUAUCGGCUACAGUAGCAACAGUAAUAUCAUUGAUGUUCUUGUUAAAUUAGAGCAUACAUUUGCCCAACAUUUUAGAUGUAUUCGAAUGAAGUUUAAAAGAUUUCCAAUAUUGUGAUGUGAUUAUUAUGUAGUGAGUAUCUGAUACAAUUUUAAAGUGUUUAAUUGUGUCGAAUUGUGCAAAGAACGUGGAAAUUUCAAUAUUGGCGCACCUAUCUUUGCAGCCAUUUUAAUUUAAAAAAAAGAAAAAGAAGUGAAUUGCAAUUAAACUAUCAGAAGAACCUUAUUUUUGUGAAAUUACUUCCACAAUGAUGGCAAUGAGUGCAAAAAGAAAUAAAAAAUCUAGUUUUGAUUUACAUGAGCGCUGGCUUUGGUAUAGUAUUGUAUUGCUACUUCAUAUACCCUAUACUAUUGGUGCAUAUGGAAACGUGGUGUCGCUUCCGGGAGAGUGCCGUGAUAUGAAUGGCAAGAAAGUAGAACAAGAUGCACACUAUGUGCCUCCUGGAUCGGAUACGUGUAGAUUGUGUUUAUGUGACAAUGGUCAUCCAAAGGCAUGCAAAGCUGUGCUUUGCUCACCGCCUCAUGAUUGUAAAUCCUUUCAGAUUGGUAGUUCAUGUUGCGAAUUCAUCUGUUUAGAUGAUACAAUAGGCAACACUACGGAUAAAACCUACGACAUCGGCAUGUGACUAGUAGCUACUGGAGUGAUUGUUACAUUUUCUUUAACCUUGCUUUUCUUCAUAAUUAGUCGCUUAAGGCAUCGUAAAAGUCGUGCCCAAGAAGGUCGCGAAGCCAUCGAUGAUUCUAAUCAACGCAAUAUGGUUAACAAUGUGAGUUACAUGGGAGGUAGUAUUGGCUAUCUCGGUGGAGGAACAAUGAAUAUGGAUUAUUCGUAUGUAGACCAUGCCAUAGCUCCGCACUACCAGCUUUGGAAACCACCAGGAGCAUAUUACACGAGGGGGGAAGCUCCACCUCCUUACGAGGAAGCAAUAGCCAUCGCUCAUGCCGAGUCCUUGAGUUCGUGUACCGUCAG